AUGGUCAAUAUUACGGAAAAGAUCAAGGAGAUCGAGGCUGAGAUGGCCAGGACGCAGAAAUAUCAUUUAGGUCUUCUUAAAGGGUCACUCGCUCGUCUGAGAGCACAACUGCUAGAGCCAGGCCCAGGAGCAGGCGGUCCUGGCGGAGAAGGAUUCGAUGUCACCAAAAGUGGUGAUGCUCGUAUCGCACUCGUCGGGUUUCCUUCGGUUGGUAAAUCAACCUUCAUGGGCAAGAUCACAAAAACCAAAUCCGUAGUAGCGGCAUAUGCUUUCACAACACUUACUGCCAUUCCUGGUGUGCUCGAGUACGGAGGUGCUGAGAUUCAGAUUCUGGAUCUUCCGGGUAUCAUCGAAGGUGCUGCAGAAGGUAAAGGUCGUGGAAGACAAGUCAUCAGUGCCGCGAAGACCAGUGACAUGAUCUUGAUGAUCUUGGACGCAACGAAAAGAGCCGAGCAAAGAGCUCUGCUAGAAGCUGAACUGGAGGCAGUUGGUAUCAGACUUAACAAACAACCCCCGAAUAUCUACCUGAAGCACAAGAAGGCCGGCGGUAUGAAAAUCACCUUCCAAACGCCUCCUAAGAAUGGUCUUGAUGAAAAGAUGUUGUACAACAUUCUCCGCGAUUACAAAAUCUUGAAUUGCGAGGUACUCGUGCGUGACGAAAACGUCACUGUCGAUGACUUUAUCGACGUGAUCAUGAAGGACCACCGUACUUACAUCAGAUGCCUCUACGUCUACAACAAGGUCGAUGCUAUCGGUCUCGAUCAUAUGGAUAUGCUGGCAAGAGAAGCGAAUACUGUCAUCAUGAGCUGUGAGCUUGAUCUCGGCGUCAGAGACGUGGUAGAUCGCUGCUGGGAGGAGCUCCGCUUAAUUCGUGUCUACACCAAGAGGCAAGGUAUUGACCCAGACUUCAGCGAGGCGCUCAUUGUGCGUGGCAACUCGACGAUUGAAGAUGUGUGUGACUCGAUCCAUCGCACGCUCAAAGACAGCUUCAAGUAUGCUUUGGUGUGGGGAGCUUCUGCCAAACAUGUGCCUCAGAGAGUUGGUCUGAGUCACGUUGUCUGUGAUGAGGAUGUGGUGUCGAUCGUUGGCACCAAGUCUGGACUUGCAGCAAAGUAG